GAUCUGUGCGCAGCUGAGGGGGAAGUGGUUGAACAGUACGCACCGAGGUUCUCCUUCCGCCGUCUGGGUGCGCAGAGACCUGUCACAUCGCAGGGAGGAAAAUGUCCUGUGGGCUGUGGAAAGAGACCCUGGCCGUAGCGGAGGACUACCUGUCCCUACACUGCCCGAGCCCAUGCCCAGCCCCUCCGCCUCCCAGCGAGUCCGCCGCCGCCGCCAUGAGGCGCCUGGGCCAAGUCAUGGAGACGCAGCACCAGGCCCGUUUCCACUCCCUGGCCCAGAACUUCCUGAGGCAUUGCGGGCCGGACCUGUGCUCCAGCCUCAGGAAGGUGAUGGACGAGGUGGUGGGAGAUGGACACUUUAACUGGGGGAGGGUGGUUUCCCUCUUCACCUUCACGGGGGUGCUGGUCAGUUUGCUGCAGGAGCAGCAGGGCUCAAAGCCGGGGCUGGACCCUGGGCAGCAGCUGCUAGAACCUGUGAGUUGUCGAGCGCUGGCUGAGACCAUCGCUGAUUACCUGGAGGAGCACAAGAAAGACUGGUUGUUGGAGAAUAAUGGAUGGGAAGGAUUCUGCCAGUARGCCCGCAACGCUAGCAAGGUGAGUCAGGACUCGUCCAUGAAAACGGCGCUGGUUGCCGCUGCUGGAGUCGGUAUCGCCGGACUCACCUUCCUCCUGGUGCGCUAGUCCACACCUCCAACARGUCCUCAGUCAAGUUCUCGUCUAGGCAGAAUAAGUAAAGGUUUGAAUUUUAAUGUUUCUGCUGCAAAAAAAAAAAAAAAUGCAAAUCCUGUAGAGUUUUUUUUUUUUUUUUUCCAGGUUUUGAUUUCCUGUUCUGAUGUUUGCACAUAUUCAGACUCUAUACAAGCAUCGAUACUGACAGUUGCUUGGUCCUAAAGAUUGUAAAGAUCACUUUAAAUGCCUUGAGAAAAUUUGGAGUGACUGUUUGCGUUUCUUCGAUUAAUCAGUGAAGCUCAAAGCUUUUUCUUUUCUCCUCCCACCAUUURUGUUUCAGCUGUGCAGCUAAAAAACUUAUUUUGAACUUUGCGACAGGUUUGUGUUCAGAUUUAAAACGAUCAGCUGCCUUUUAAAAAAAAAAAKCAUGUUUACUCACCUGAGUUGUGUAUUCUCAUGUAUAAUGUGUAAAUUAAUAUAUUAUAUUUGAUGAACCGUAAAGCAGCGGCCCACAGCUGACUCCACUGAACACCAAGUUUCUCCUGAGUUUGUGUGAAAUGUUUGAUUUCUGCAGUCAGCAGAUCUGUGGAGAUCAUGGUGCUAUGUGAUAAAAAUGUUUCAAUCCACCAAACCAGGGACCAAUCUGAUCAUUUCAUUAAAAUUAUCAUUUCUAUUGUACACCCCUUCCCUCAAAAAAAUUAUAUUUUUGCAUCAUUUUCUUUUUAUUUAUUGUAACGUUUUAUAAUAAAAACAAAUGCAUAAUG